CAUGUACGUGCGCAUUUUGUUGUCCUCAAAAUUGUCAAUACGGACGGAUCGCGAAUUUCACACGCGUUUGUAGUAUCGUAAUAUUUUCGGAAAAAAUCGUGAAAAGGUGCUUGAAUCCAUCGGAAUUGUUUCCCGAAGACACCAAUAACUGGCGGAUUAAAAUUCCCGUUGACCUGUGGAAAUCAAAACAAGGAGCUUGCAUACCGCAUCGUUGCUCCUACUAUUGCAUCAAAAAGAACGAAUCUAGCGCACGGAUAGUAAACAAAUAUGAGUCAUCAGUACGUUAGCCCCCUUUCGAUUGCGGUCAUUUGCUCCUCGAACAUGAACCGAUCAAUGGAAGCGCAUGGUUUCCUGGCGAAAAAGCGCUUCAAAGUGCGCUCCUUCGGUACCGGCGAUAAGGUGAAACUCCCGGGCACCGCCGCCGACAAACCGAACGUAUACGAGUUUGGCACUUCCUACGAUGAAAUCUACACCGAUUUGGUGUCUAAAGACAAGCAAUACUACACACAAAAUGGUCUGCUUCACAUGCUAGAUCGUAACCGACGCAUCAAAGCCUGUCCCGAGAAGUUCCAAAUUUGCACCGAGCGGUUCGAUGUGUUGGUCACCUGUGAGGAGCGUGUAUACGAUCAGGUUGUCGAGUACAUGGAAUCGAAAACACCCACCUACAACCUGCCGGUGCACGUGAUUAACAUCGACAUCCAGGAUAACCACGAGGAGGCCACCGUUGGCGCGUUCAUGAUUUGCGAUCUAAUAACCAUGAUGGCCCAAAGCGACGACCUGGACAACGACAUUGACGAGCUGCUGCACGAUUUUGAGAGCAAAAGCCAGCGCAGUGUACUGCACUGUGUGCUGUUUUAUUAGUCGUAAGCCGGAUUGAAGAAAUAAAAAAAUUCUAAGAAUAAUAAUUAUGACCCAGCAUAGCUUGAAUAAAUUGGUCAUACUUCACGUGCACUUCCUUCUAAAUCCGUUAAUUUUGGUUUCUAAACUGGUAGGUAGUAUUUCUGCUAGUGGUAACGGACAGAAUGCCAGUUCCGUGCUCAAAUAGUGCGCAGAAGACAAAACAAGCAGGAUCACUUUUACCAAAUUUACAACGUAAACGGCGCCGAAUGAUUGUUAGCCCUACACAGAGCUAACAAUUUGUAAUCUAACACACUAAACUAUUUAAGAUAGGAAAUGAAAAUAUUACACUAGACUAAGGGUUGGACACGAACUCCUAAGGGAAAUUCUUUCAUUAGCUAUGCAUACACACAUACAGAUAAGUUGAUACUAACAUGUAAAGAAAUACGAGUAGGAUAUAUAUUUAAAAUAAAGAUUAUGAAACACUUUUGUACAGCAAUAAC